AUGUCUCAAUUUUUAGCAAAAGCCGUUCGUAGUGAUUUAACCUAAUUGUGUUCUUAAACACUUAGAUGGAAUAAGAAAGGUAAGGUUAAUGAAGCUACCGUUCAAGCAAGAAAAGAAAAAAAAAGAUUGAAAGAAACCAACCAAUUUACAGGUGAUUACACUGGUGAAAGACCACCUCAUCCUUGGUUGAGUGCAAAGAGACUUAGAUCAAUUAUGACUUAGUAUUAGGUUUUCGCAAAUAAAAACAGACUUAACAUUAAAGUUGAUAAAAAAGAUGCUGUCGAGAUGAAAAAAUAGUUUGAAGAAAUCGGAGCACACGAAUAUUACAGAAUGAGAACCGAAUAAAUCAUUAAUGAAAAGAAUAAUCAAGUAAUUGAUUAAAUUAAUAAAGAAAUAGAAACUCUUCCCUUUAAUAUCUAUGAAGAAAUAACUAAAAUGCCUAAAGAUAAGAUAUAUAAUUUCAACACUGAUUCUAAUAGUCCUUAUAUUUUGUACUUUGAACAAAUCGCUAGAAUGUUCGAUGAAGAACACUUAACUAAGCUUAAGGUAUCUCAAAGAUUGCAAAAAUUGGCUGAAGAUAAGUUAGGUGAAAACGAUUGA